AUGCCGGGCUCUAUCGCUGUCGUCGGUUCUUUGAACAUUGACUUCAUCACUCGCACCCCUCGUGUACCAGCAGGAGGUGAAACUCUUGAAGCCAGCUCUUCGGAUACUGGCUUUGGAGGUAAGGGUGCAAACCAAGCAGUGGCAUGCGCUAGACUGUCCCGCAACAGUGAUGGCUCGACUCCUGCCGACAGCAAACCCAUCAAGGUCAGCAUGGUCGGCUUUGUUGGUGAAGACUCGUUCGGAUCAGAUUUCAUCUCAGCCAUGAAAGAGACCUUCAUCGACACCGCGCAUAUUCAAAAAGUGCCUGGUCAGAAGACUGGUAUCGCAAACAUCAUUGUCGAGGAAAAGACCGGAGAAAAUCGCAUUCUCUUCUGCCCAAACGCAAACUUCUCAGGAGGGGAUCAGGUCAAGGACCUAGUGCCCGAGGAUGCAGACGUUGUUGUCUUCCAAUUGGAGAUGCCCCUUGCUCAGGUAGUACACAACAUCAAGCUCGCACACUCCAAGGGCAAAUACGUCAUCAUGAACCCAGCACCCGCACAGAAACUGCCUGAUGAUCUAUACCAAUACAUUGACUGCCUGAUCAUGAACGAGAGUGAAGCCGAUAUCCUUCGCGAGGCCAAGGAAGAAUUGAAGAAUGAAGAUCUACCACAAAUCUGCGAGGACUUCUUCAAACGUGGUGUUCCUGACCUAGUCGUUAUCACUCUUGGAGCCAAGGGCGUCUACCACUCUGCCAAGUCGAGAAGCUCAGGACACACACCUGGUCGCAAGGCGAAGGUUGUCGACACCACGGCUGCUGGCGAUACUUUUGUCGGAGGCCUCGCUGUCGAGAUUGCAAAGAACGGAGGCAAGACUCCUCAGUCACCAGAAAGCAUGAUUCAGUUUGCCAACUCAGCUGCGGCCCGCACGGUAGAGAAACCUGGAGCCAUGGCUGCUAUUCCCUGGGUCAACGAGCUGUAA